AUAUAGAUCAUUUUCAGAAGUGAAAAUGAGCAAGUGGAACUUGAAACAUUAUAAUUAGGGAAUUAAACAGGAGAAUGGGAUAAUGUCAUUAAAAUUCAUUGCUGGUUAAAAAAAAAAAGACGGGACUUGUCACAUAACAAGAAAAAUGAUUGAUGGACAGUUAAUGUGUUUUUUGGGGGUUUCUACCCAACAUCCAGAGAAUGAGGAAGGCUCCCAGCACACUGAAUGAAUCCUUUUUGUGAAAAAUGGUUGCAAGAUGACAACUGAAAACAGGAGCAGUUACAAAGCUAUUACAGUUACUUAAGUGAGAGGUGAUAAGGGCCUCAAAGCAUAAAGACUGUGAACUGAAAAAAGAUAGAGGGAAGAGAUGCUUAUUAGUUAAGAUGUUGAGUCUGGGUGAUUGCUAACAAAACUAGGGAAUUUGGGGUAGGAAAAAGAUGCUAAUUUUAGUUUGGGUAUGUUAAGAUGAAAUACUGAUGGCAGAUUUGGGUGAUGUAUAGGAAGUAGAAGUACAGUUGAGUUUGUGAAAUAUUGUGCUGCUGGAUAUAGAGAUUUUGGAGUUGCUUCUAUAAGAGGUGAUAAUUGAAAUCAGAGAGGUAGAAGAAAGUUGUUAGGAGUUUCAUGCCACCACUUGUCAGAAUACUAGCUUGGAAGGAUAGAUUGGUGAUUUGAUAUUUUCAUAAAGCAAUAUCAGAAAAAGAUUAAUCGUGAAUAAGGAAAUAAAUGUGGGUGAAACAUUUAUUUCUAAGUAAGGGCAAAGUUUCUGUGUUUUACUCACAGUAUGAAAAUUUGGAGAAAAGGCAGCAGGUUAAAUGACUGCUAGUGGCAGGAGGUACUCGCGUGUGUGGUGGAAAUUGUCCAAGAAGUCAAGAAGCCUAGUCCAAAUUCUAUUUAGGGCACAAACUAGCUUCCUGGAUUUCCAGCAAAUUACUGGAAAUAACUUUCUAAGACUUUUAAGUUGUAGAAAAGAUGUUGACCAGCUUUGGAAAGAGUUUCCUUUAGCAGCGAAAUCACAGCUCUAGUUUCUAUUCUCUACUUGGUAGCAUUAUAGUAGUUUUAUAAAUCUAGUAACUCAGAAACACGGUGUUUACUUGGCAAAGAGAAUCAAGAGCACAAAGAGGCAAUAGGAUGCUGUAGAUAAAAAAUGGUGAUAUAAAGAGACUGAAAAUGAAAAAAUUAAACAGUCGAUUAUGUUUUUUAAUGAAUGGAAAUGUAACUUAUCUGAGCUGACAAAAAUAAACUUGACAGAUAAGCCUAUUAAUAGUCAAAGUGCAAUUUAGCACAUGAUUUCUACAAGGAAUGGUAAUAUUACUCAUCUUUUCAUGGUCAACAUUUUGACCAUGUUUCAUUAGGCAUAUUUGUUUGUGCCCCUAUGAGUUUUUUGAGAGGGUUGAGUCCCAAGGGUUCUUCCUAAUCAGAAAACUAUUCAGGUCUCAAGCGAAUUAAAAAAAAAAAAAAACUAUUUAACAAGCAUCUGCUAAUUACAAGGUGCUUAAUGCUAGGCCCUGGGGACAUAAAAAUAUCUACUCCGAGCUCUUCGCCUAUUACAAAAUGCGGUUGCAGAGGGUAGUCCGAGAUUUCGGACUGGGAGAAAUCAAAGGAAAAUCUCCGUGAUAUACAGUGACCUCUACGUGGCUCGCUUUGAUUUCUCACUGCACUUAUGCACUGCUUUGUGGCUUGCAAAGCUCCGUAUAUACACUGUAUCUUAGGUGCUCCUUCCCUGGGAAAUUAGUGCUAGGGUUGCUCCAUCGCUCCAGCUGCCCGACAGUCAUGACGCGAAAAAGCUAUUGGUAAAUGACGUCACAGGAUCGUCUCCUUUCGCAUCUGGAGCGGCAGUCGAGCGGACCUUGUCUAGCUGCGAGGGCUCUUUUCGGAUCGUUUUCUCUAUUGUUCAGAGAAUAUAUCUCCUACCCACAGCUGGAUGAGGUUUAUUUAAAGAUGCUUUACCUGAACCUUCAAAAUUUUGAUUUAUCCAGACGUGAGGGAGAGACACCAAAAAUUCUUGUCUUCUUGUAGCUCAGGUUUCCAACCCAGAUGUUUGUAUUGACUUAAAGUCCUGAGACUGAAGAAGACUACAACUUUGAAAUCUAAUGUCUGAUAUAUUUGAAAUAUUCUUAUUUUAUGGGGGAAAGGGCUACUAUUAAGGUUGUUGAUGAAAAUACCAACACUGUAUCAUGUUCUGUGUAGUGCAACGGCAGGAGUGCUGGAUUUAGUCAGAAGACCUAAAUUUACUUCCUGACUUACUACCUGUAUUCCCACUUACUGCCAGUAUGAUGUUGGAUGUCUAACAGGAUUAAAACUGCUGAGGUGGCUUCUGCUUCUUCCAUUUAAGGUAUCGGAAGCAGGCCAUUAAAGGCUCUCAAAGGAGAGAGAGAAAUCGCAGCUUAAGGAUUCAGAGCCAGGGGACAGCUGGCCUUCACAGAUCCGUCAUGCAGAACCGACAAGGGUAUUGCAACUGUUGCCAUAUGCACUACAUUAACCUGGAACAGCAUAUAAUCAGCCCCCAACACAGAUACUUUGCUACAUACUGUAGAUAUCGACUGGGUACCAGUAGCCUUUUGGAUCGUUUCCUUCAUGAUGUUAUGCAGUAUCAUCCACAUCAGUAUUAUGAUAACAGGUCAACAUAUGAUGACAUGCCAUUUCUCACCCAUCUGCCCCCUCCCAAGGAGGCUCAAUUGGAUAAUGAUCAGGUUCCAGAAAAUGGGGCUGAGGAGGAUGAGGAUUCUCUUGAUGAUGACAGAGAAGAUUCAUCAAUGAGGGACUUGAAAUCCAUUGCAGAUUCAUGUUCUUCUUGUAAAUCCCAGGACAGUAUGGAGGAGAUUUCUCAUCAAUCAACAGUUACCCAAACAAGUGGAAAUGAGCAGCAGCUGUCUAUGGAAGACUCUCAGGAGGAGACCAUAUGCAUCGAUAACAACAUGAUAAACCACAGUCCUGAGGAAAGUAUUCAAACUUCAAAUAGUAGCCAUAACAUUCAAAGUUCACCAGUGGUUACAGAGUACCCCAGUUCUAUUAGUUCUUUACCUCGAGAUCCUGCUGUUAGUCCAGUUACGACUGAAAAUGCCAGUUUAUCAUCCCCAGAAAAUCAUUCAAUUUCGGUAAUCAGAUGUACCCCAGACAGGAACGAUACGUGCAAUAAGGAUGUACAGUUGGACAAAUGUCCUAACUCUUUCGAGUCAUCACUCCAGUUAGGAGCUUCUUCAGUUUUACGUCAGAGCCCUAAAGUUGGACAAGGGAACUCUUUCCAUAUGACCUCAGGUAAAUCAUUUUUGCAACGAGAUGGUUUACAAUCUCAGGGUAAAAUUUGGGAGGCUGACUUCCAACUCAGGAAACCUAUGGGUAUUGGUGGAUUAUUAAAAUUUGAUUCAGUCCCCAAAGUAGGAGAAAAUGCAGAAACAAAAUUGAGCAGUUUGGGUUUGGGUACUGGUGGCUCAGAAAACUUUAAUUCUAUCUUCAGAUUUGGAAAAAGGCCAGACAUAAAGUUGAGCAAUAUUAAUGUUGAAACUGGUGGUUUGUUAAGGAUUGAUUUAACCUCCAAAUUAGGGGGAAAAUUAAGUAAAAAACUAAGAAAUAGUAGUAUGGAUACUAAUAGUUUAUUAAACUUUGAUCCAGUCCCUAAAGUAGGAGAAAACUCUAAAACAAAGUUAAGAAAUAUGAGUCUGACUACUGGUAGCUCAUUUAACAUUGAAGCAACCCCAAAAUCAGAAAAAAUCUCAGAAACAGAGUUGAUCAGUAUGAGUAUGAAUAUUGAAGAGACACAAAAUUUGAAGUCAAUUAUCAGAUUUGGAAAAAACUCAGAAUCAGAUUUGAGUAUUUUUGGUAUGAGAACUAGUGGCUCAUUAAGCUUUGAGGCAACCGCCCCUCAAAUUUGGAGGGGAGAAAACCCCCAAAUUAAUUUAAGCAAUAUUGGUUUGGCUAGUGGUGACUCAUUAAACCUUCAUUCAACUCCCAAACCAGGAGAAAUCUCCAAAACAAAAUUGAACAGUAUUGGUAUGAGUGCCAAAGGCUCUCAAAACAUUGAUUCAACUCCCAAAGUAGAAGAAAAUCUAGAGACAAAAUUGAGCAGUGUAAGUAUAGGGAUUGGGGAUUCACAAAAGUUUAGCUCAAUUAUCAGAUUUGGAAAAGACUUGGAAACAAAAUUGAGUAAUAUUGAUCAGGAAAGUGAUAGUUCUCUAAAUUUUGAGAUAAUUCCUAAAUUAGGAGAAAUCUCAAAAACAAAGUUAAGUAGUAUUGAAAAACGUAAGACUGAAUUAAACUUUGAGCCAAUUUCAAAAUUGGGGGAAAAUACAGAAACAAAGUUGAGGGGUACAGGUACUAGUGACUCACAAAACACAGUCAUCAGAUUUGGACAGAAUUCAGAAGCAAAAUUAAGCCAUAUGAGUAUGGAAACUGGUAACUUGGGCAACUUUGAGUCAAACACCCAAUUUAGAGAAAAUUCAGAAAUAAAGUUAGGCUGUUUUGCUAUGGGGACUGGUAGCUCACUUAACUUUGAGUCAUCCUUCAAUUUGGGGAAAAAAUCAGAAAUAGUAUUCAGCAAUGUAAGUACCGGUGGUUCAAAAGAUGUUGAGGUAACUCCCAAACUAGGAGAAAACUCAAAGGUGAGCAUUAAUGAUAUGGGAAUUGGUGACUUUGAAGUAGCCAUCAAAAUGGGAGGAAAUACAGACAGAAAGUUAAGCAGAAUGAGUACUGGCAGCUCACAAAAUUUUAAGUUGCUCAGAUUUGGACAAAACCCAGAAACAAAAUUGAGGAAUAUCGGUAUGAAUUCUGGUGACUCGGGAAACUUUAGGUCAGUCAUUAUAUAUGGAGAGAGCUCAGAAACAAAGUUGAGAAAAAUCUGCAUGGGAACUGAUGGUGGCUCACAAAAUUUUGAGUCAACUUCAACAUUAAGAGAAAACUUAGAAACAAAAUUGAGCAGUACUGAUGUAGAUAUUAGUAGCUCAAGAAACAUUGAAUCCAUCCCUAAACUUGGAGAAAGUUCAGAAGCAGAUUUGACCAGUAUGCAUAUGAUGGGCUCACAUGACUUUGAAUCAGUCAUUAAAUUUGGAGUAAGUUCGGAAACACAGUUGAGCAGUAUAAGUACAGGUAUUGUAGGCACACCAAAUAUUGUGGCAACUCCCACAGUAAGAGAAAACUCAGAAGCAAAAUUGACUAGUAUGAGUUUGCGUACUGAUGGCUCACCAAACUUUGAAUCAGUUCCCAAAUUAGGAGAAAGCUCAGAAAUAAAAUUGAACAGUUUAAAAAUGAAUGAGAAAACUUCCAAGUUAAGGGAUAAUUCAGAAAAAGAAUUGAACAGUGUUAAUUUAUGUACUGGUAACUCAGAAAGCUUUCAGUCAAUCAUUAGAUUUGGAGAAAGAUCCAAAACGAUGUUAAGCAAUAUUAGCAUGAAUACUAGUGACUCAGUAAACUUUGGGUCAACCCUUAACCUAGGAGAAAAGUCAACAAUAAAGUUGAACAGUACUUCUAUGGGUAUUGGUUUCUCAGGAAACUUUGAGUCUACUCCUAAAUUAAAAGAAGACUCUGAAACAAAAUUGAGCUAUCUUAGUAAGAAUUCUGGUGGCUCGUUAAAUUUUGGAUCAACCCUCAAACUGGAAGAAAGUUCAGAAAUAAAUUUUAGCAGUCUGGACACAGACCCUAGUAGCUUAGUAAAUUUUGAAUCAGUAAAAAGACUAGGAGAAAGCUCAGGAAAAAAGUUGACCUGUAUAAAUGUAAGUACAGAUACUGCCUUAAAAUGUGAGUUAACCCCUACAUUAGGAACAAAUUCAGAAACAAAAUUGAGUGGUACCAGUAAGAGAACUAUUAACCUACAAAAAUUUGAGUCAGUCAUCAAAUUUGGAGAUAGCUCAGAAACAGAAUUGAGCAGUAUUCUUAAAAGUACUUGUGACUCUUUAAAAGUUUUAUCAGUCAUCAAAUUAGGACAAAGCUCAGAUACACAAUUGAGUAGAAUAUCUAUGGACACUCGUAACUCAUUAAACUUUGAAGCAACCCCCAACCUGGUAGAAAAAACAGAAACAAAUCUGAGCAAUUUGUGUAUGAACACCAGUAGCACUGGAAAGGCUGAGUCAGUCAUCAAAUUAGGAGAAAGUUUAGAAAGAAAGUUGAACCAUAUGAAUAUGGAACCUGAUGGCUCAUUGAACAUUGAGUCAACCCCCAAAUUAGGAGAAAACUCAGAAACAAAUUUGUUCAGCAUGGGUAUGGAUAUUAGUGGCCCACCAAACUUUGAGUCAUCUCCCACACUAGGAACAGAGUCAAAAACGGGGUUGUUAAAUAUGGGUAUGGGCACUGGUAGCCCACUAAACUUCAAGUCAACUCCCAAACCAGGAGAAAAUUCAGAAAUGAAGUUAACCAGUAGGGUUGUGGGGAUUGGUAGCUCACAUAACUUUGGGUCUUCACCCAAACUAGGAGAAAACUUGAAAACCAAAUUGAGUUAUAUGGGUAUGGAUAUUGGCAGCUCACUAAACUUUAAGUUGGCUCCAAAAUUAGGAGUAAAUUCAGAAACAAAAUUUGUCAAGAUGGAUAUGGGGACUGGUAGUUCAUUCAAUUUUCAGUCGACUCCUAAAUUAGGAAAAAGCACUGGUACAAAGUUGAGAAGUAUGGAUAUGAGUACUGGUGGCUUUCUAAAAUUUAAAUCAACUCCUAAACUAGGAGCAAAGUCAGAGACAAAAUUGUGCCACAUCCAUAUGAGGACUGGUCACUCAGUAAAAUUUCAGUCAGCUAAAAGAGAAAGCUCAGAAUCAAAGUUGAUCAGUAUGGGGUUGGAGACAAAUGGCUCAGUAAACUUAGAGCCAACUUCCACACUAGGAGAAAAUCUAGAAUCAUGGUUGAGCCAUAUGUCUAUAGGAACUGAUGGCUCUUUACACAUUGAGUCAAGUCCUCAGUUAGGAACAAACUCAGAAGCACAAUUUAGCAGUUUUGGAAUAGGGACUGGUGGCUCAAUAAAGUUUGGCCCCAAAUUAAAAGGAGAGACAGAGACAAAAUUGAGUCAUAUGGGGAUUGGUCACUCACUAAAAUUUGAGUCAACUCUCACUUGUGGAGAAAAUUCAGAGAUAAAGUUGAGCAGUAUGGAUAUGGGGACUUAUCACUCAGUAAACUUUGAAUCACCUCCCAAAUUAGGAAACUCGGAAACAAAAUUGAUCAAUGUAAGCGUGCAGACUUUUGAUUCUGUAAAUUUUGAGUCAACUCCCACACCAGGAGGAAACUUAGAAACCAUGUCUAACCAUAUGGAUGUGGGAACACAUAGCUCAGUAAACCUUGAGUCAACUUGCAAACUAGAAGCAAACUCAGAAACAAGAUUAUUCAGUAUAGAUAUGGAGACUGAUUACUCAGGAAAUUCUAAAUCAGCUCCAAAAUUAGAAGAAAACUCAAAAAAAAACUUGAUCCAAUGGAGUAGUGGUUCACUUAACUUUCCAUCUACUCCCAAACUAGGAACAAACUCAGAAACACAGUUUUCUGGCAUUGCUAUGGAGAUUGGUAAUUCAGUAAACUUGCAAUCAACUCCCAAAUUAAGAACAAAUUCUGAUGCAAAGUUUACCAGUUUUGGUGUUGGGGCUGGUGGCUCACUAAAAUUUGAGUCAGCUGCCAAAGGAGAAGAAAACCCGGAAAAAAAAUUUACCAGUGUUGGUAUAGGGCCUAGUAGUUCGUUAAAAUUUGAGUUGACCCCAAAAUUAAAAGCAAGGUCAAGAAUAAAAAUGAGACGUACAAGUAUGGGGUUUUAUCGCUCACUUAAGUUUGCUUCUACUUCCAAACUAAGAAGAAAUUCAAAAACAAGGAUGAUUAGCAUUGGUACACAGGCUGGUGACUCAUUCAACUUUGAGUCUUCUCCCAAAGUAGGGGAAAACUUAGAAACAAAGUUGAUUGGUUUGACUUUGGGGACUGGUGACCGAGUAAACUUUGAAUCAAUUCCCAGACUAGGAGAAAAUUCAGAAGCCAGGUUAAUUGGUGCAGGAAUUGAUAGUUCCCCAGAUUUUAAUUCAGUUCCUGAAUUUGUGAAAUGUUCAGAAACAAGGUUAAUAAGCAUGCAUUUGGGGACUAGUGGCUCAACAGACUUUGAGUCAACUCCAGAACUAGGUGCAAGAUCAGAGCCAGAGUUAAUUAAUAUGGAUUUGGGGGCUAGUGACUCUAUAAACAAUUUAUCCAAUCUCAGACUAGGAGGAAACUCAGAAACAAAGAUGACUAGCAUUGAUAUAGGGACUUAUGGCUCAAUAAACUUUGAGUCAAGUACCAAAUUACCAGAAAAGGUUUGUGAGAAACAAAGUUUGUCAGAAACUAAGUUUAUUGGUAGGCAUGUAGAUAUUAGUGGCUCAUUCAACUUUGAGUCAACUUCCAAAGUAGAAAAAAAUUUAGAAACUAGCAUGAGUUCUGUUUUAAUGGGAAGCUGUCACUGCUCAACUUUUGAGUCAACAACUCCCAUAUCCAGGACAAACUCAAAGUCGGUGUUUACUGGUAUGGAUUUGAGGACUGGUACCUCACUAAACUUUGAUGAAUCCCCUCUCAAACAAGAAAAUGAAAGAAAGUUCAUUGUUAGUGGCUCAUUAACUGUUGAACCAGCUCCCAACCAAGGAGAAAAUUCAGAAAUAAGAUUUGUUGGUAUAGAUAUGGGAACUAAUGGCUCAGUUGAGUCAACUCCCAAAGUAGGAGAAAAUUUAGAAACAAAGUUGAUGAGUAUGGGUAGCUCAGUGAACUUUGACUCAACUCUUAAGCUGGGAGAAAACCCCAAGAAAAGGUUUGUCAUUAUGAGUGUAGGGACUAGGGAUCCACUAAAUGUUGAUUCACCUCCCAGAUUAGGGGAAAAUUCAGAAACAAGUUUAAUUAAUGUGGGUAUAGGAACUGAUGGCUCUUCAAACUUUGAGUCAACUUCCAAAGUAGAGGAAGGCUCAGAAACAGAGUUAAUGAGCAUGGGUUUGGGAAAUAGUGGCUCAGUAAAGUUUGAGUCAGAUAAAUUAGGGAAAAUUUCAGAAACAAAGUUGAUUGGUAUAGAUUUGGGUGCUGAUAGCUCACUAAAUUUUGAGUCAAUUUCUAAAGAAGAAAAUUCAGAAUCGCAGUUAGACAGUAUGACUAUGGUAACUGAUGGCUUUGAGAUCACUCCCAAACUGGAAGAAAACUCAGAAAGAAGGUUUGUUAUUACAAGUGUAGGGACUAGUAGCUCAAACUUGGAUUCAACUUCCAAAAUAGAAAAUUCAGAAACAGGAUUAGUCAAUGUGAGAAUGGGAACUGUUGGCUCAUGGAACGUUGAGUCAGGGGGAAACUCAGAAACAAAGUUGAUCAGAAUGGGUUUGGGUACUGUUAGCUCGAUAAUCUUUGAGUCAAAUCCCAAAUUAGAAAAAGACUUAGAAACAAAGUUGGUCAAUAUGAGUUUGGGAACUAAUAGCUCAGCAAACUUUGAAUCAGUGCCUGAAAUAGGAAAAAAUUUAGAAACAAUGUUGAAUUCAUCAAACCUCAAGUCAAGUCCCAUACCUAGAGCAAACUCUGAAACAAUGUUGACUGGUAUUGUAGAGGAUACUGGUAGUUCACUAUGCUUUGAGUCAAUUCCCAAAAUAGGAAAAAACUUAGAAACAGUGUUCAGCUGUAUCCUUACUGCAUCUAGAAGCUCACCAAACAUCAAACCAAGUGUCAUACCCAAAGCAGACUCAGUAACACUGGAGACUGUUAGGUCAUUAAGUUUUGAAUCAGUUCAAAAUCACAGAGAAAAUUCAGAAUCAGAGUUAGUCAUUGGGAGUGUAGCAACUGUUGACUCAUCAAACUGUAAGUUAUCUCCAGAAGAGGAGGAAACAGAGUUGAUCAGUAUGAAUUUGGGGACUAGUAGCUCAUUAUUUUUAAAGUCAUAUCCCCAGUUAGAUAAAGACUCAGAAGCAAAGUUGGUCAAUGUGGGUUUGAGGACUGGUAGCCCAGGAAGCUUUGAGUCAGUGCACAAAGUAGAAAAAAACUUGGAGAUUAUGUUUAAAUCAUCAAAACUUGAAUCAAGUCCUGUACUUAGAGCAGACUCCAAAAAAUUGUUGACUGACAUUGGAGUGGGUGCUUUUAAUUCAUUAAACUUUGAGUCAAUUACCAAACAAGAAAAUUCAGAAUCACAGUUAAUCAAUACGGGUAUGGCAGUUGAUGAUUCAUUUAACUUUGAACCCACUUCCAAUAUAGAAGAAAAUUCAGAAAGUUCAGUAAAUGUGGACAUAGGAAUUGAGGACUUGUUAAAAUUUCAGUCAGCAUCUAAUGUAGAAGAAAAUUCAGAAACGGAGUUUAUCAGUAAGAGUAUGGGAAUUGAUGGCUCAUUCAACUUUGAAAACCCUCCCAGAUUUGGAGAAAACUUAAAGAAUAUGAUAAACUGUAUUGUUAUGGGGACUAGUGAUUCAGUAAACCAUGGGUCACCUUCUAAACUUGGCGCCAAUUCAAAACCAAAUUUGACUAAUAUAGGGAUGGAGAUUGGUAGCUCACCAAAUUUUGAAUCAGCUCCCAAACUAGGAGAAAACUCAGAAACCAAGUUGACCAAUAUAGAUGUAGGGACUGAUGGUUCACUAAACUUUGAGUCAGCUGACAUUUUAGGAGAAAAUUCAGAAACAGAAUUCAGCAUUAUGGAUAUGGGGAAUGAUAAUUUACUAAACUUUGAGUUAACUUCCAAAUUAGGAGAAAAAUCAGAAAUAAAAUCAAGCAGUAUGUCUCUGGGUACUGAUGGCUUUUGCAAUUUUGAGUCAACUCCCAAAUUAGGAGAAAAUUCAGCAACAGUGUUGACUAGUAUGAAUAUAGAGAAUGAUAACUUAUUAAACUUUGAAUCAAUUGCCAAAUUAGGAGAAAACUCAGACCCAUUGUUAUCCAUUAUGGAUAUAGGGCAUGGAUAUGACUCGCUUAACUCUGAGUCAGCUGCCAAAUUAGGAGAAAAUUUAGAAACAAAUUUGAUUAAAAUGGAUAUGGGGACUGCUGGCUCACCUAAUUUUAAAUCAACUACCAAAUUAGGAAAAAAUUCAGAAAUAGCAUUGAUCUGUAUGGAUUUGGGUACUGAUGAUCUACUAAUUGAGUCAACUCCUAAACUAGGAGAAAACUCAGAAACAAAGGUGAGCAGUAUGGGUAUGGGGACUGAUGACUCAUUAAAUUAUGAGUCAAUUCCUAAUCAAAGGGAAAACUCAGAAACAGUGGUGAGCAGUGUGGGUAUGGGGACUAUUGGCUCACUAAAUUUUUAUUCAACUCCCAAAGUAGGAGAAAACUUAGAAACAAAAUUGAGCAUUAUGUGUAUGGGUACUGGUGGCUCACUAAACUUUGAGUCCACCCCCAUAUUAGGAGAAAACUCAGAAACAAAGUUGAGCAGUAUUGGUACAGUUCCUGUUAACGGAGUCGUUGAAGACGUCAUUCUGCCCAAUAUACAGUCCAGCCAAGAGGAGGAGAGUUCCUUUUUAAAUAUAUCUGCCAUUUUGGAUGAAAGUACAACAGAUUCUGACAUGAGUUUCGAUUGUGAUGCCCCAUUUCAAUCAGUAGCUGGCCAGCAUUCAUUAUCUGUGAAAGAAAUAGAUCUUUUGACUGAGGUGCAUGUUGACCUGGAAGAUGAGAACUAUCAAUCUCGUUUGAGCUCUGUUCUCAAAGUUAGUUCUGUAGAGGACACACAGGAAGCAAAUGUGAAUACAGUGGAACAUUGUGAUGAGCCAGUGCUUCCUGCACUUCCUCAUGUGCCUCCUUCCUUUGUGGGAAAAACAUGGACUCAGAUAAUGUAUGAAGAUGACUUAAAAAUCGAAGCUAUGGUGCGUGAAUUCCGGGAAGGCCGGAAUUUCCGCUGUUACUUUAAUGAUGAGCCUGAGCCUAAGAAAACCAGCAAAAAUAAGCAGAAAGCUAGAAAAUCUACUAAUGGACUGCGAGAAUUUAAUGAUACUUCAAGUGUUUGUAGUUUUGGCAACUUUUCUGAGGCCUCAGAUACGCUAUGCAAUGCACCACCAGCUAAGAGGCCUAGGAAGCGAACAUGGCGCAUGGCUUCUCGAUGCCAAGUUGUUAAAGUCAGCCAUGGGACUCAGACAAGUGUGAUAGACUAUUCAAUAUUUGGAAGACACACAUUCACUGAGGAAGAGUUAUGUGACAACGAGACAGGUAUUUGGUUGGAGAAUGAUAGGACACCAAAUAUGAGUACCAGAUUUUGUACACUUAAGCUUCCUGAAUCAUACAGCAAAAUUUUGAGUCCUGUGCAACCUGAAACAGUAGUUUAUGUUCUUUCUUGCCCAGAAACUAGUCAGAAUAAAGCAAUUCUUGAUGAAAUUAAAAUGAGAAGAAAUCUCAGUUCCAUAGAUAAUGAUUCUAUAAAAUAUAGAUACAAACAGUGUUCAUUUAAAUAUUAUGAUUCAAUGACCAAUCGAGUCCUGAAAACAAUUCCUACUGAUGAAUCUGGAGAAAAGGAUAAAAAACCUGCCCAUGUGAGACAACUGUUUAAAAGUCUCAACUUAAAUGUUAAGUUGAACAAAGGUCUUGCUUCUCAGAAAAAAUGUUUACCAGCUAGCCAGCCUUCUGAUUUAUUAGAACUUGAAAGCUAUGCUUCAGACCCAGAUAAAAGAGAUGAUUCAACAUCAAGUCAGAAGUUGGAUGGUUCUUCCCUUUCCUCAAUUGAAGGAGAUGAUUUAACAUCAAGUCAAAAGCUGGAUGGACCUUGUUUUUCCUCAGCUAAAGGAGAUAAUUUAACAUCAAGUCAAAUGCUGGAUGGACCUUGCUUUUCCUCAGCCAAAAGGGAUAAUUUAACAUCAAGUCAAAUGCUGAAUGAAGCUUCCGCUUCUUCAGAGAAUUGUGAAAUUUCCAUUGAUAGCCCUGCAGAUAAAUCUUAUCAGUUGUCAGUAAUCUCACCUAAUGACAUUACUCAUGUUCAAAAAGAAAAUUAUUCCAGAUCAGCCUCAUGUAAGCAAAAGGUUGCAAAAAUGCCUGUUAAGUCUAUCAGAAAUGAGCUAUUAAUGAAGAAGAAUCCAAAGAGAAUCUGGAAAAGGAAAGAAGCAAAUACUAAGGACUCACUUUUUUCCAAAAAGACUUCUGGACCUAUGGUUCUUCAUCAUGGAAUUGCUAGAGUAAGAAUUAAGAACACUUCAGAAAAACAAAUAUCCUGGGUUAGAAGCAGAAAGAAUGAGAUUAUAAGAAAAUAUAUAUCACCUUUGCUCUCUAAAUAUUCUGCUGUUUUGGGUUGUGGACAUUUAGCUAGAAAAACUGUUGUGGGAAACUACCUGAGGACGCAAAAACUUGAUUUUAAAAUGCUAAAGAAGAGGAAAAGACCCAGGAAAAUGUUUUUGAACUCCACAGUCACAUCAGGUGCUACUGAAACAACAGAGAGAGCCUCAGCAGAGUCUAUUCUGGAGCAAUCAGAGUGGGCUUCUUCCAAAGUUACAAGGUGGGAGGUGAGUGAUGAUGAGAGACUACUUAGCACAGAAAAACAGCCUUCUAGUACUGCUACACUACCUGCUUUAUCUUGUCCUACUGGGACACCGUUAUUUAACACAGAAAUCCUUUCCUUGCCAUCAACCAGUGGCAAAUUGAACGAGAAAAUGAACUAAAGAUUUUUGUGUUGUCUAGUUGAGGAUUCAAAACCCUCAGCUCAAAUAUAUUUUAAAUUAAUAAGCUAAUAACUCAGUUCACAUGGCUGGGAUGUGGGCACAGUACACAUUGCACUGUUUUGCUAUAAAUGUUUUUUCAGAAGUUUUGUAUUUGUUUGAAUUUAGCACUUAGGGCCUUAUUUUUAGACUUAAAUGCACUUGUUGUCCACCCUUUUCUGCAGAAAAAACUGUGAUCUUGUAUAAUAUUAUAAUUUAGUAUAAAAUAUUAAAAUUGGCCCCCAGUUUGAUGCUCUCCCUCUCAGUCUUUGUGAUUGUACCUCUCGUAUCCUCAGAUUGUAAUAAAUUGUCAAAAUGACACCCAGGAAAUACAGUAAAACAAAUGCGGUCAUAUUUUUAAUGACAAAUUGGUGGUUGUAUGCACAUGUAUUAUGUGUUUUAGGACUGCUUUGGGAGCAGUGUCAGUACCGUAUGAGACUAGCAAAUGAAAAUGAAAUACAGUUCAAUCAUAAGACUGGAAGGGACCAUGAGAUGAAAAAUUGAGUAUCCUUUACCUUGUUGGUAGAGUCUCUACUAAAAUAUUUGGCAAAUGAGAACUAACCUUGUUUAUGAAGACUUAGAUGGAAAGAAGUUCCAAAACCUCCCAGUUAACAAAAAAUUGUCUUAUCAGUUCUUUCAGCCAUAGAAAUAUGAACUCCCUCAUGCUCCAGUUUCAUUCAUUUGAACCAAAUAAAAACAAACCAACAACAACCACCACUAAAAAAUGCCCUUUUGACUUUACAGUUAAUAACAAUCUAGGUUUGUGGGUGAGAGGAAAAUCUCUUAAGUUUCUUUUGCUUCUGUUUCUUUUUUUUUCCUGCACAUUAGAAAUUGCAUUUGAUUUUUUUUAAAAUCUGAAACCCCUAGAGAGCAUAUAAUUAAAAUAUAAAGAUUCAAGUUGUCUUAUGAUCUUAUAUUAUCCAGAUAUAGAGGAAGGGAUAGAGACUCAGUUUAUUGAUGUUGGAGACUUCAUGAUCAGAAAACUCUCUUAAGCAGUCAGAUUGGUGCAUCCGAUAUAAAAGAAAAGUGCCUAGAGCACUCAAAGGUUAAGUUAUUUACCUAAGCUCACAUAGCCUGUAUGUGUCAGAAGUGGGACUUGAGCCCAGGUAUUUAAAAAGAUCUAAUAUGGACAUUUAAAUGCUAAAGCCUUUUUUGUAGUUUUUAUAAACAUUCACCUACAUUUUUCCAUUAUUGAGAUUCCAUAAAAUAGUUUCUGCCUCCACAGACAAGCAAAAAGAAAUGUAAUGCUUAUAGUUUGAGAUAACCACAGUGACUAAAAUAUAUAUCUUUAUUUAGUAGACAACAUGGCCUGAUGAAUUUAUUUUUCUGGUAUAAGAAAAACCUAAAUCUAAUGUAGGGCCCUUUUAAAAUAACAUUACUAUUAGGGAAUAGUUCAUUUUGUAGGGUAACUUACAGUAUACUUUUAAUGUAUGCAGCUGUGUUUCAAAGAAUAAGAUCUUAGUAACAACGGAAUAAUACUAUAUAUAGUUCAAAUCUUAGAUUGAAUCAGAAAUAAGACCUAUAAAAAAGGUAAUAUUUAAAAAAUAACACUCAUAUGUAAAUGGCAAAACAUGUUUUCAUUUCUUUGCGCCAAAUGUCAUGGACCAUGGAUCCUGUAAUGGCAUAUAAAACUUUAGUCUCAGAAGAAAAGCAUAUCCUUUUACACAGAUGGAAGGUAAAGAAAUUAUGGUAUAUAAAAAUACUCCUGAUAUAGAUGGAGUGGGGGUCUCUGAUACGUACACAUUAUUCCCUUAAGUACUCUUAAUAAUAAUUUUGCAUGCUUUUAUUAAAAAGAAUCUAUGUGAAAGCACUUUGAAAAUAAAUGCGCUACAUAAAUGCAAGAUAUUGUUAUAGCCACUAUGAGUGAAAAUUUCUUAUAAUUCAGAAAUGACCAAACAUUUUAAAAUUUGCAAAUAAAUAACUUAAAAAAGGAUAGAAGUACAUUCUAAAUCUAAGUUUAGCAAGGAGUCUUGUGGUUAAGACUAAAACUAUUUGAAAAUAAGUUAUAAUACAGUAUUGAUUUAUUUCUUUUGAUACUAAAAUUCUGUUAAUGUUUUAGUAAUAACUUCCAUUUAUAUAGCGUGCAGUUAAAAAGCACUUUGCAUACAUUAUAAAUUGUUUUAAAAUAUAAUUUAAAAAUUAAUAUCAUGAAAAUUUAUUGCUAGAAUAAUUUUGUAUGAUACAAGCAAUGCCUUUUCUGCCAAAAAAUUUUCUUGUCCAUUUCGUAGGUUACACAUUGAAUCAUGGUAGAGAAUGUGUAGUUAUUUUGUAUGUUUUAUUGAGAAUACAUGAAAACUUUUAAUAGCAAAAAUGUGAGUGCCACUGUUAUGAAUAAUAGUUGUCAUGAAUGACUUUGUCCCUGACCCAUGAUAGAGCUUUCUGUUAUUAACUGAUAAGAUACACAAAAGUGGACCAUGUGAUAUAAAAAAUUGUUUUGCAUUUGUGCAUUUAAGUCCUUAAUGUAAAUAGGGCUCAUAAUCAGGGUAAAACUUUUUUUUUUUAUAAAGAUUAACUAUAUUUAAGUAAACAUUGAAAUAAUUAUAUAUUUCCUUUUAAAAUCAGUAUAAAGACUAACUGUGCUAUUUUUUUAAAGAAAGACAUUUGAAGGGUAAGUCUUAGUAAAUUUUUGUUUUCAAAGAUGUGUAGAUAACAAAAUUUAUUGUGCGUUGAACUUUGCCUAUAUUUUUUGUAUAUGUUAGAAAACUUUUUCUUGGACUGCACAAGAAAUCUGAGAAUUAUGAUAACCAAAGUACAUUUUAAAGUUGGUUUGACAGUAAAGGAGCCAGUAAUUAAAAACAAACAAACAAACAAAAAAAAAAAAACAACCUUAGGAAAUAUGGUGGAAAUAUGGUGAGUUAUGAGUAUUGAUGAUGAUGUGAAAAAUACAAAUACACUGAGAAAUAAUUAGAUAAAAAGGAAUAGAGUAUUCUUGCCCUAGUCAAAUCACCCCAAGUAAAUUUAGUAAUUUAUAAUAUUUCACUUCAUUUAUCCAUAAUAAAUGGAUCAGUGUAACAAUGAUUGGUUUCACAAUUCAAAAUAUUCUGCAUUGUGGUAUUGUUGGGCCUGUUGCCAUGUGGGGUAUUAAAAAAUUGUCAUUUGACAUUGAUUCACACUGCCUUUGGACCCAGCAGUAGUCAUUUUUAGAACUAAAGGGUUUUUAGGGGUCUAAAGUUUCCUAAAGUAAACAUAUUCUAUUCCUGCUUACGUAAGAAAAACGGGAAAAAUAGAUCACAAUCCAUUCAAGAAAAGACUUAAAAAUUGGAAAAUAGCCAAUAUAAAUGUUUUGGGAAUUUGGUACUAAAAUGCAACUUAAGAAAAUAGGG